CGGGGAAGGGCAGGCUGCCCUGAUUUGGAACCCCGAGGGGAACAAAGGAGCUUCGGCGGGGUGUCCGGGCCCAGCCUCGGCCACCAUGGCUCACAAGACCCUUCUGGGCUCUUCAGCAUCCCAUGCCAGCUGCCUGGAUCUGUGGAGGGAAAAGAAUGACCAGCUAGUUCGACAGGCCAAGGUUGCUCAGAACUUGAGUCUGUCUCUGAGAAGACAGCAGUUGGUUCAAGAUGUACUGGAAGGACUCAGGGGACUCCUCCAUAGUUUGCAGGGGCUCCCAGCGACUGUUUCUGUUCUCCCCUUGGAACUGACUGUUAUCUGCAACUUCAUUACUCUGAGGGCAAGCCUGGCCCAGGGUUUCACUGAGGACCUGGCACCAGAUAUCCAAUGGGGCCUAGAGAGAGUACUGGAGACCCAGGAGCAGCAGGAGGCCAGGCUGGAACACGGGCUCAGGGGGCUGUGGGACCCUGUCCUUCAUGUUUCCUCCCUUCUGCCGGAGCUGCUCCCUGCCCUUCAUCACCUGGCUGGCCUGCAGGCUGCCCUCUGGCUGAGUACUGACCGUCUUGAGGACCUGACCUUGCUGCUGCAGACCCUGAAUGGCAGCGAGAGCAGAGCCUCUGAGGAACUGCUGCUGCUUCUGAAAACUUGGAGGCCCCCAGUUGAGAUGUCCGAUGCUCCGUUGACUCUGCAGGAUGCUCGAAGCUUGAGGGAUGUCCUUCUGACAGCAUUUGCCUAUCGCCAAGGCCUUCGGGAGCUGAUCACAGGGAGCCUACCCAGGGCACUGAGCAGCCUCCAUGAAGCAGCCUCAGGUCUGUGCCCACGGCCUGUGUUGGUCCAAGUGUACACAGCCCUAGCGACCUGUCUUCGUAAGAUGGGCAAGCCACAGAGAGCUCUGCUGUACUUGGUUGAAGCCGUGAAAGGGGAAUCAACCUGGGGUCCUCCACUUCUGGAGGCCUCCAGGCUAUAUCAGCAACUGGGGAACACAGCAGCAGAGAUUGAGAGUCUGGAGCUCCUGGUUGAGGCCUUGAGUGUCACUCAUAUCCUUGAAGCCCCUCAGCUUCUCAUUGAGGUGGAGUUACUACUCCCACCGCCUGACCCAGCCUCACCUCUUCACUGUGGCACACAGAGCCAGGCCAAGUACCUGCUAGCCAGCCGAUGCCUACAGACCAGAAGGGUAGAAGAUGCUGCAGAACAUUACCUGGACCUGCUAGCCCUGUUGUUGGAUGGAUCAGAGCCAAAGUUCUCCCCACCUCCGUGCCCCCCAGGGCCCUGUGUGCCUGAGGUGUUCUUGGAAGCAGCAGUAGCCCUGAUCCAGGCCGGCCGAGCCCAGGAUGCUUUGACCGUAUGUGAGGAGCUACUGAGCCGCACAUCAUCGCUGCGUCCCAAGAGGCCCCGGCUCUGGGAAGAUGCCAGGAAAGGAACCAAAGAGUCACCACACUGCUCACCCUGGAUCUCUGCCAUCUACCUGCUUCAGGGCCAAGCUUGGGUGCAACUGGGGGCCCAAAAGGAGGCAGUUAGUGAAUUUAGCCGGUGCCUUGAGCUGCUCUUCCAGGUCACACCCAAGGAUAAAGAACCAGGUGAUUUAGACGGGCCUGCUUCCAGCUGUGAGCAUGGGUGUACGUCAGAUGUGGUGCUACAACAGCUUCGGGCAGCUGCCCUGAUUAGUCGUGGACUGGAAUGGGUGGCCGGUGGCCAGGAUAACAAAGCCCUACAAGACUUCCUCCUCAGUGUGCAGGUGUGCCCAGGUAAUCAAGACGCUUCCUUUCACCUGCUUCAGACUCUAAGGAGGCUGGAUCGAAGGGAUGAGGCCAUUGCUUUCUGGCAGAGGCUAGAAGCCCAAACUGACCUGCCACAAGAGAAUGCUACAUGGUCUCUCCCCCUGUACCUAGAAACCUAUUUGGACUGGAUCCGUCCCCCUGACCGUGAAACCCUUCUUGAGGAAUUUCGGACAUCUCUGCUCUAGACCUGUGACGUGAAGGUGCUGUGUUUCCAAGAACCUGAUCUUGGGCUUCAGUGAGCCACCUGUCAGGAGGGCUUUCUGCUAAUACACUCCUUGGGGAGUGUGGCUAGAGCUGACCAUUCCAAUAUAAGUCUGACAUUAGAGAGGUUGGUGGUAGUGCUGCAAAAUUUGUUCUAGUUAUUGGUGUUCUGGUUCCAGAAAAAGCCCCUCUUCCACCAAAAAGGCACUGACUUUAUUGGUAGUACCUUUUUUCCUGUUUACCUUUUUAUGUUUUGAAUAAAAUGUGGUAUCUA